UAUAUACAUAUAUUAAAGAGGACAGGACAGCAACAGAAACAAACACUUACAAACGCAAACAGACAUACACACACUCACAGCCUCCAUAAUCCAACAAAACCAACAAUCAAACUAUUCUACAGCGCAUUUUCUCUUCAUCAGAUCGGACCGAUUAACCUGCAAUGGGAGUAGAAGUCACUGAUAUAUGCAUGGACAAGGAGUCAGAUUGUGUUGUUGUUUAUUCCAAUGGUGUUUCCCAUGAUUCCACUCACGAAACUGUUCCCAAUGUUCUAGAGUCGUAUGAGCCUAUCAAUGGGGUACCAGAGCUUCAGAGUUCAGAGGAGAGCUCUGAGGCAAAAGAAUAUGAGGUGAAGGAAUGUACAACUGAAGUUGCAUUUGAGACUACUGAAGUUCCCUGUGCUGAAAAAAGUAAGGAGGACAAGAAUGUUGUGAGCUCAAACUUUGUGGAUGAGGAGAAGGUCAAAUCAGGAAAUGAGAAAACAAAAGAUGAUAAUAAGUGUCGGCCCCGUGUUAAGCAUGCAUCAAAAGCUGCUGCUGGAGUUGUUCGUACAAAACACACAGUUCCUCAGCCAUUUGCCCUAGCAACUGAAAAACGUGCUUCAUCUGGAAUUCGACCUACUGGAUCUGACCUUAGUGCCACUGCUGGCACAAAAUCAUCUUAUUCAAACAAUGUGCUACAUCCAAACACCAUAAAGCAGAAUCAGCCACUUGGAGUAUCGAGAAAGCCAUUGCAACCAAAUAACAAGAAGCAUCCUGAUGAAGAAGAUACUUGUUCUGUCACUUCCAUUACUGCAGCAUCUGCUCGGACUACUAAGUCCAGGAGUGCUGCUGCAUCAGCUCCAGUAUUUAGGUGCUCAGAACGUGCUGAGAAACGGAAGGAGUUCUAUUCAAAGUUGGAAGAGAAACACCAAGCAUUGGAGGCUGAGAAAACCGAGAGUGAAGCAAGGACCAAGGAAGAGAAGGAGGCAGACAUCAAGCAAUUGAGGAAGAGCUUGUUGUUUAAGGCUAAUCCGAUGCCAAGUUUCUACCAUGAGGGACCACCACCAAAGACCGAGCUGAAAAAGCUUCCACCAACUCGCGCAAAAUCACCGAAGCUGGGCAGAAGGAAGAGCUGCAGUAAUGCAGUAAAUCCAUCUCAGAUAGACAAGGUUAAAGGAGCUUGCGGCCGGGGAAGUCGACAGAGCUUGGGCAGUUGCAAAGAAGAUGUUAACAGAAAGGAUCAAUAUAACAUCCUGAACGGCCAUGCUGUAUGCAAAAUUGAUGAAAAUGGGCAAGAAAAGGACAACUCAAAUCCACCUGAGGUAAACGAAGAGAGUACUGAAAGCAUUGGUGUUUAGUAUUAAGUUCGUGUUUGAGUUAUUAAUUUAUAAGAGGCAAAAGGUUCCAAUUCCUUUUGUUUUUUUUUUUCUUUUUUCUCUUUUUGUGACUUCUGUGAAGGAUGUGCAUCUCAUUCCCUUUAACUUGCAACGACUGGUUGCCGUGUUUGUAUAAUGUAUGAAGUGUAAAUUUUCUGUAAGUUAUCAUAUCUAUAUAAAAUAUCCUCAUUUUUCUGUAA